AUGGGCCAUACAGUUCCGCAGCUAAAAGACCAAUCUCUCUUUAUCGAGAAGGCAUAUGUCAAUGGCGAAUGGGUAGCUGCCCAGUCAGGGCAAACAUUUGAAGUUCACGAUCCUGCUUCAGGAAAGCUCAUCGGAACAUGCCCUGAGUUCAAUGCUGCCGACACCGAAAAGGCCAUCCAGGCUGCCACAGAGGCUUUCCCUAAAUUUCGCACGACAUUGGCCCGCGAGCGUGCUCGGAUGCUGCGCCGGUGGUACCAGUUGAUGAUCGACAAUGCUGAGGAUUUGGCAACAUUGAUCACUUGGGAGAAUGGAAAGCCGCUCGCGGACGCCAAGGGUGAGGUGAACUAUGCCGCCGGUUUCUUUGAGUGGUUCAGUGAGGAGGCACCCCGAAUUUAUGGAGACACUAUCCCUUCCUCAGUGGCAGGUAACAGAGUUAUGACCCUUAAACAGCCUGUGGGUGUUUGCAGCUUGAUCACCCCAUGGAAUUUCCCUGCAGCAAUGAUCACUCGGAAGGCUGGGCCAGCUUUGGCAGCAGGCUGCACUGUUGUGGUCAAGACUCCAGGAGAAACCCCAUUCACUGCCAAUGCGUUGGCAGAACUGGCACACCGUGCUGGUAUCCCCAAGGGUGUUUUUAACAUCGUCACUUCCUUGAAGAACACACCAGAGGUGGGUGAAGCGUUGACUACCCACCCGGAAGUUCGCAAGGUUUCCUUCACUGGUUCGACCAAUGUGGGUAGGCUCCUGAUGAAGCAGUCGUCUUCUACCGUUAAGAAAGUGUCUUGGGAGCUUGGUGGAAAUGCCCCCUUUAUUGUCUUUGAUGAUGUUGAAGACCUUGAUGCUGCAGUUGCUGGGGCAGUUGCCUCUAAGUUCCGCAGCUCAGGCCAGACAUGCGUCUGCGCCAACCGCAUCUACGUGCAGAGAGGUAUCUAUGACGAAUUUGUGAAGCGUUUCGUUGAAAAGGUUAAAGGCUUCAAGGUCGGGGCAGGCUUCGAGGAAGGUGUUACCCAUGGCCCUGUCAUCCAUGGACGCGCUAUCGAGAAGAUCGAUGAGCAUGUCCGUGAUGCCGAAUCCAAGGGAGCUAAGGUCGCUGUUGGAGGCCGUAAAUUGUCCGAAUUGGGCCCUAACUUCUAUGACAUGACUGUUCUGACCGAAAUGAACAAAGACAUGUUGGUUGCCUCUGAAGAGACCUUUGGCCCUGUGGCUGGAUUGUUCCCAUUCGAAACUGAAAAGGAGGUUGUCGACUUGGCGAACCGUGCAGAAGUUGGCCUGGCUGGUUACUUCUUCAGCGGCAAUGUCAAGCGCAUCUUCCGGGUUGCGGAAGCCUUGGAAGUGGGGAUGGUUGGUGUGAACACUGGCCUCAUCAGCGAUGUUGCUUCUCCGUUUGGUGGUGUCAAGCAGAGUGGAUUCGGCCGUGAGGGCAGUAAGUACGGCAUUGAUGAAUUCCUCACGAUCAAGAGUGUCACCUUUGGCGGCAUGGGCGAGCCUUUGCAGUCAUAG